GUGUGUAACAAAGAGCAAAGCAGUAGGACGACACAAGUUAGUAUAUUGACUAGCAAGGGUAUGCAUGGGGGGACCGUGAUUUUUUCGGAGGAUAGCUUGCAAGGAAUAACAGAAAAAAACAACAAUUCCUAAUGCUUUGAAGCGUCUGUAGUAACGGCCUGGAAAUGAGUAUGCCCUUAGAUGAUAUCGUCUACGUAACGUUACUGUUACUAUCCAUACCAUUUGGACAUGUGGUGAAGGUAACGCGAAGUGCAGUGGGCAAAAGGGCCCUUACUGGUGUGGUGGGGGCUAUUAUGGCUCUGUUGAUUUGUCGUCUGCAUAUAAUACAUUCUCUCAUUACCACCACUGUCAACUGCCUCAUCGUCAAAUUGCUUCCUGGAAAAUAUUGCCACAUUGUUAGUUUAUUUUGGUGCUUUACUUACUUGGCCUUCUUCCGUACCGCAUCUUGGUUUGGUUUUCCAGCACCACCUGCUUUUGCUAAUGCAGUACAACUGUUUUUAACCUUACGGAUGAUUGGCCUUGCAUUUGAGAUCCAUGACACAAAGUAUCCACCAAGACAAGGAGAAAGUAAUAACAAAUUAUUGAAGCUUUAUCAGAAUGUUGACCCUGGUGUCACAGAUAUCUUCAGCUAUGCUUAUUGUUACAUGGGCCUACUGGCAGGUCCAUACAUGAAGUACCGUACAUACUAUGAUAUGCUUCAUGAGCCAGACACCAAUGACAUUGAAACUGUGAAACCAAUGUUACGCAGAUUAUCACUUAUACCAAUCAUUGCACUUGGUUAUUUUACCAUGUCACAUUUUUUCAGUAUCAAAUAUGUAAAAACCGAUGAUUUCUAUGAGAAGCCAUUAUGGUUCCGACUUUUCUACAUGAUGCCAAUAUUUUGUGUCUUCCGCUGGCGUCUCUACAUUGCCUGGAUCCUAGCAGAAUGUUCCUGCAUGAUGGGAGCAUACGGGGCAUAUCCUGCCAGCUCCUUACCAAAAUGUGGUCAGGGACCUUCUGACCUGAAAGCACUCCAUAAAGUGAAAUCUUUCCCAAAGAAAACAGCUAGUUAUAACUUUGAAGCUGUAAAUAACCUCUACAUCUGGGGUUGUGAAAUGGCACCUACCACCAAAGAAGCAUUGCGCAGCUGGAAUAAGUCAGUGCAGUAUUGGCUGGCCAAUAUAGUCUACCGUAGAGUGCCAAUGAAAUCUUUUAGGGUAUUUCUGACAAUGGCUGUUAGUGCUUACUGGCAUGGCGUCGACCCAGGAUAUUACAUGAGCUUCCUCACAGUACCUCCAAUCCUGAUGGCUGAAAGAGUUAUGAUAGCAGCAUUUAGAGAUGAAGAACCUACAAUAAAACAAAAACUAUUUGACCACGUGUGCUGGUUUUUUCGAAUGCGAGGAUUUGAUUACAAUUGCAUGGGCUUCCUUUUACUUUCUUGGCACGAUACAGUUCGUUACUGGUCAUCCAUAUACUUUAUUGGACAUAUAACUAUUAUAGUAUUUUUUAUUGUUGGCACUAUUUUCCGUCCACCUAGGAAAAAAACCAACGACUGAGUUUUGUUAAGUUUUGUUUUUUUUUGCUACUUUCGAACUUUCUAAGUAUGUGACUGGAAUUAUGAGAUUAAAAAAAAAAUACAAAAUUACACAGAGUGAAUGUGUGUACGUACUUUAUUUUUCAUUAUUUCUAAAUCUUCUUAUAUAAUCUGGUUAUUCCCUUCAAAUUAAAAUUAAUUGAUCACAUUUAAAAAAAAUCUCCCCAACAUUCCAAAACCCAACCCACCUACAUAAUGUAAUGGCAUGACUCCAUGUAGUUUGUUAUUUGUGACCUAUCAUGAACACUUUAAAUCUGCUUUUGUUAUGGUAGAUGACUGUCACACACAGACACACUCCCAGCAGGUUAAAUUAAAUAUCUAUGAAAAAUCUAAACAUCCAUAGAAACAUGAAAUAAUGCAGUAACUUCAUAUAUAUGUAUAAUAUAUAUAUGUGUGUGUGUGUGUAAGACGUGUAUAUAUGUAUGUGUAUAUAAGUAUAUGUAUGUGUGCGUGUAUGUAUAUAUAUAUAUAUAUAUAUAUAUAAUAUAUGUAUAUGUAAAAUACUGCUGUCGCUCUUUAAUUUCAUCUCUUCUGUCAACUUUUGCCUGAAGAAGGACUCUGUCUGAAACAUUGGAUUUUCCACUCCCCAUAGUAAGUUAACUGUACUAUUUUUCCUGAUUUUACUAAAUAAUACAAAUCUCGUCAACAGAGAUCAAUACCAGUCUCUUCAGAUUCUGUUUUAUUAUAUAUAUAUACAUAUAUAUAAACUAAUGACAGUGCUCCAAAAAUGGUUGCACUAUAAUGUUAAUGAAAAAAAAAAUGCUUGGGUUUUUGGGAGGUGAGACAAUUCUUAUUUAUCCAAAAAUAUUGUUGAUUUUUUUUUCAUUUUUUUUUUUUUUCUGUUCUCUAAUUAUCUAAUUAGAUUGUAAUUUGUUAGUCAUUUCUUAUGUGUUGCAUAUCUGUGUUUGCUUACUGUGACUCAGUUGCUCAAAGCAUUCUGCAUUUUCAGCUGAAUUUAAUGAAUCCACUAAAAAUUUUUGAUGCUGAAAUUUGACUUUAUAAUGUAACAACAAUAUGUGGUUUGUGACAAUGAGUAAACUAUGAAUAAAGCUUGAUGCUAAAGCAAGGUAUAGCAUUAAUCUUCCAGUACCUUGUGGAUGCAUAGGACUCUUGUGAAUUCAAACCACAUAUUUUCUAUCUUGAGCAAUUUCUUCUACAUCCAUCCAAUUUCCUUCAGCAACAUCUUUCAUCAUCUCUCUUAGCCAGGCCUCUCUCAGUUUACUAUGCUACCUCCUGAAGGAGAAUGCUGGGGACUGGUUGGCACUGGCACAUAGCUAAUACUUUCAUGAGAGAAAGUGAUUAGGCUAGAAGGUUAAAUAUUUUUGUUAAAUUUUCGAAAAGGAAAUGGAUGGGUUAUGUCACUGGCGCUCUGUCAGUUACAAUGUCAAGGGUUCAAAUUGAUCCGAUUAACAGAACAUCCUGCUCAUGAAAUUAACAUGCAAGUGGCUGCGCACUCCCCAGAUAUGUGUACCCUUAAUGUAAUUCUCAGGGAGAUUCAGCAUGACACAGAGUGUGCCAAGGCUGGCCCUUUGAAAUACAGGUACUACUCAUUUUUCCCAGCUGAGUAGACAGGAGUAAUGUGAAAUAAAUCAUCUUGCUCAAGGACACAAUGCAUCGCUGGGAAUUGAACUUACGACCUUAUGAUCAUAAGCCAAAUGCCCAUAACCACUAAGCCAUGCGCCUUCACUGGAUUAAUUAUGUACUCAGAAGAUAAAGAAGUCUUAUAACGCAAACAUACAGAUGUGGAGAAAUUAAUCUGUAAUAUUCCUUAGAUUCAUAUUUAAUUGUUAAAAAAAAAUUUUCUUAAUCAAUAGAAUUUCAUAAAAGUACCAUGAAUUAAAACUGGUUUAGUUACAUAAAAUAUGUAUUUACUUUAAGGAUCCAUUUUGCUUCACUGACAAAAUAUUGACCUAAAAGUAUAAAUGACAUUGACAUUGUCUAGGUAUGAAGACAAAAUUUCAUAAUAUCUAUUUGGAGUGCAUCUACCUCUAAUUUAUGGUUCAUUGUCAAUCCCAUAACGUAUAUUAAUGCAAAAUCAAUAUUUUGUAUGUUGAAAAGAAACACUACUGGAUAUGUAGAUGCAUAUAAGCAUAUCAUUUUCUCUUCCAUGCUUCUAAACCAUGUGUUAUAAAUAUCAAAGACAAAAUACACUGGGCUCUGAUUAUUUCUUUGUAAGUUGUUAUCAAUAAUCAGCAUAUAUAUAUAAUCAAAAUGUAGAAUUCUGUUCUGUAACAAGAGUCACACUUUCAAACUCUCCAUAUAGUAACUGUGUUUUUUAAUUAUUUAAAAAAAUAAAGGCUUAGAUGCCUAGGAGUCUAAUCUGAACUACAACUCCGCACUACUACUACUACUACUACAAAAAACCUGGCUUGGGUAGAAAAAUACAAAUGAAGUAGAAGACAAUCUGUUCAUGUUUGGAUCACAUAGAGCAAAUACUAGUAGAAAAAAAAUAUACCUUGUAUCUGUCAUGUGUUACUCUGAUGCAAGAACUAAAAUCUUUUCUAUUUUUGUAAAUAUAUUUUAUCUAACCUUUGACCUAUCCCAGCCCAUGCCAAAUGAUAAUAGAACAGUAUUUAUUUGUUAAAUCCACAUAUUUUACUAAACAUGUUUCUGAAAUUAAUAAUAAAAAGAAGAAAAUGUAUUUUUCCUUUCACUCUUAUUUUUCCAUCUUCCCAUCUAUCUUUCAUCUCUUUUCUUACAUAUCUUCUUCCACUGUUCGAAAUUAUUUCUUUCCUCUUUGUUCACCCUUUAAGAUGUUUUGUUUUUUCCUAGUCAUUCAUUUAGCUCUUUGGCUUUUCCUCAACUUAGUCUAAUCCAUUAUUUUUGUCAUCAUUCCUAUUCUACCCAAGACUAAUGAACUAUUCUGUCUAUUGUUUUUCACCCCACCCAUCUCUUAUACAUGUUCUCAUCUUGCAAUUACUGACCACUUACUAUGUGCUUCUUAAACUGAAAAUAUCAAACUGUCUUCAUUAAACUAACAUUUCUCUCUUCUCCUGUCUCUAAAAUAUUUUUUUUUCUAAAAUCACAUAUGUAAAACAAGAGAAAAGAAAAAGGAAAAUAAUUUCAAAAGAAUAUUACUUUUCAAAUUAAAAAAAAUUUUGAUUGUGUCCAAAAUGUAAUUAUUUUUUGUUUACACAAACUUAAAUGUUCUUUGUUUACAAAAGAAAAAAUAAAAGAAAAAAACAAAAUACUGCAUUGACAA